GAUUUGCUCCUGUACCAUCAUUCUACAAAAUGGCGUCCUUUGCGAUCGACGUGGAAGACGACACACUCAUUGAUCAGAACAAAUCGAGUGAUGGGUUACAGUUUCAAGAUAUUCCCCACUCUGAGGACAAGGGGAAGGUACAGACUCACACCUUUACAAACUUCCCCCACACAGCCGACUCUGAUGAUGAUGCAGGGGAUAAAUCAGAGCUGUUGAAAGAUGAAAAGAAGCCACCAUCCUUUUGGACAUUUGAAUAUUACCAGCAGUUCUUUGAUGUAGACACACAUCAAGUCAUGUACCGAGUACUUGGGUCAAUGACGCCACGGCCAGGCCGCAACUUCCUCACAACGCAGAUACGUCCAAAGCCAGAUCUGUAUGGCCCAUUCUGGAUCUGCACCACACUGGUGUUCACCACGGCCAUUGCAGGCAACUUGGCAAACUACUUUCAAGCUGCUGGCAAAGGCUACACAUGGAAGUAUGACUUUCAUAAAGUAACCUUCGCAGCGACAGCUAUCUUCAGCUACUGGUGGCUGAUCCCAGCAGCUCUGUUCGAGAUUUUGUGGUGGCGCGGCAGUCAGUCUCGCUACACAUUUCUAGAACUCAUCAGUGUCUAUGGCUACUCUCUGGCUAUCUACAUUCCUAUAUCGAUUCUGUGGACCAUCCAGAUCAACUGUGUUCUGAUAUUCACAUUCUGUGGCCUGCUGUCCAGAUCAACUGGUUACAACAAAAGGAUUGCUUUUGCUGUGAUGGCUGUGAUCCUCAUAUUUCAUGCAGCCCUAGCAGCUGGCUUUGUUUUGUACUUUUUUCACGUUCCUGCAAACACAACGGGUCCCUCUACCCUUGGUCCUGCUGUCAACAAUACUGCAAUCCCAGAAACUCAAAACCGUAGUAAAGCGCUACCAGAAGCGCAACAAAGAAAAAAACAGUUGAAUGAAGCAUCCAAACUCAGACCUGGACCAGCUGCCUUAAAAGGAGUUCCUGGAGCUGGCAGUGGCACAGCUGCACAGAGACCUUCUUUAAAACUACCAGCCCUACCCCAGAACAAUCCAGGAGACAAACAAAAUGAGAAAGUUAGAUCGACAAAGAAAGCUGUGGAGAAGAAGGAGAACGUGAAUGAGAACACUAACAAACCAGCUGCUGGACCAGAAAAGCCAGUGAGGAGAAGAAAACAUCUCAUGCAGUCCAACUGAUUACUGGAUGGUUACCUGGUCGUCAACUGCUACUUGGGAAUGUAUUCUAUUUAUUGUGGGAACAUGAGAACUCAUGGGUCUUGUUUUAUCAUCGGCAAACUCUUCUAUUCUUUAGUUUUGUUGGUCGUAUGUGUGGGGGUCAGUGUGUGAUGUCAUACACUGACGUGGUCGUAUGUGUGGGGGUCAGUGUGUGAUGUCAUACACUGACGCAUGUAUUCAUGCUGUCAACCACUGGUUGUUCGGACCAAGGCUUAUUUAUUGAUAACCCAUUGUAUGAAGGGUCGAAUAUUACUGUCAGCCUUAUUAAUUUGAUCAUUCUUGACUUGCCAAAAUAUACUUUUGCUUUAUUAUUCUCGGACUUGAGGUGGGUCUACAGUCCCUCUUUCUGUGAUGGAUACUUGUGUUGGUUGAAGAAAUCCGAAGUCCAUUGACAGGCAGUCAUGCAAACAAGUGACCCUAUCUCAGACAGUCAGUUGUAUGUUGUAAGUGUAACAGGGCUCCGAUCUCAUGGAUGUGUUUGAUGCUUUGUUUAACAUGUCUAGGCCAUGCAUAUUUUGUCAAAUUUCAACCAGUAAGAUAGCAGGCAGGCCAAAAAAUACAUAGAAAUAUACAAAAUCAUUUUCUCUUACUCUUACGAGUAGGCAAGAGUAUGUGUAUUUCUUUAUAGGAGCAUAAAUAUCCUCUCCGGCAGGGAAAACUGGGCUAAGAAAACUUGUUAUUAUUUGACAUCGGAAUGAAAAGUCAGGGCAGGCAAGGAGAUGGGAGACAAAGAAAAAAUGGACAGCCUAUAAUCCUUGUUCCAUAUAUCUAUAACUGUGGUGUACAGUGCUCAUAAUAUUGAACCACCGAGGACAGACAAGGAACUUUAAGUGUGAUUUGUGCUACAGAAAUAUUUUAACUAUGUAGGCAAGUUUGUCUCAUAAGAGAUUUUUCUAGACCUCUUCAAAUACUGAUAUUUGGCUCCAGAAGCCCAAAUUUGGAAAAUUUGGCUGCCAAAGCUGUUUGGAUUCCUAGAUCAAUAACUUGAGAGAUUAUGAUUUGGGGGAGAUCAGUGCCAAGUUGGGAAUAUCCUAGCUCGAUACCUGCAAAGAUUGUGAUUUCUGGGAAAUAAGUGCCAAGUUGAAAUUCAAGUGUGAUGUAAUAACUCAUUGGUCCAAAUGUGGGUUGAAUAGUUGUUUGAAGGUGCUUGUGUACAUGAUUCUGACAUAAUGUAAAAUACAUGAAUUUAUGUAUAUAUGUAAAGCCUUGUACAUUACAUUUCUUUACAUGUA